CAUUGGUUGUGGGAAGUAAUCUGCAUGCUGACUGAGGGCAAAGCAGAACGCUUGCAACUAGAAAAAGAACAUUACAUGAUUGAAAACAGCAGCUCGAAAACAUUAGACAACUUGAAAGAGCCGCGUGUAUUAAACGCACACGUUUAUAUCGAGCAAGUUCCUGAAUGCCUUCUUGAAAAUAAUAAAAUAGUCUUGAUUUCCCGCAACCCCAAAGAUACUGCUGUCUCUUGGUAUAAUCACAAUGUUGCUGACGUCGAAACGGAUUACACUGGAAAGUUUCCUGCCUUUUACGAAUUGUUUAGAGUUGGAAACGUUCCUAAUGGUGACUGGUUCAACUACAAUAAAACCUGGUGGGAAUGGUCUAAAGGAAGACCAAAUGUUCUCUGGGUGACAUAUGAAGACGCGAAAUUGGACUUGAAAUCAGUGACUAAGAAAAUAGCAAAGUUCCUUGAAAUUCCAGCUUCCGAUGAAUUGUGCCAGGCCAUUGCUCAUGAAUGUAGCUUUAAAAAGAUGAAAGCGGAGAAGCACAACUUGCUACCUUUCGAGUUACGUGGUGACAUGUCAUUUUAUAGGAAAGGUCAAGUUGGAGAUUGGAAAAACUGGUUCACUGUGGCUCAGAACGAAGAUUUUGACCGGAUAUGGGACGAAAAAAUGAAAGACUGUGAUCUCCCAGUCCAAUUCACAAUUUAAAAGAUGAAAUUUAAAGAUAUUGUAGAACGACUGACAUAUGUUUUAAUUACCAUUACUCUAAUUGUGGAGGUAUUGUUUGAACUAUAGCAUUUGGAUAUGGUAUAUAUAUUUAUAUAUAUUAGUGUGAUCCUAUGUAUAGGUGACAACAUUGACAACAAAAAAUUUUUCCCAAGUAUUUAACAUGAUAAGAAUUAUCUAAAAAAUGCGAUUACAAAAGUAAGGAUUAUAAUUUUGAGACAGUUGCAAUAAUAAUAAGGAUGAUGAUAAUAAAGAUUUGUAAUAAUAGCAGCAGCAGAAGCAACAACAACAACAACUACUAUUACUACAACAAUGAUAAUAAGCCUUUAUGGGCCACGAGGACAAUAUUAAAUAUUAAACGUGUUAUACAAUAUUAAACUUUAUAAUACAAACGCAGUUACAAAAUGUGAAGGGAUGUACAUGCAAACAAAUGAACAAACACAUAGAUAGAUAGAUAGAUAGAUAGAUAGAUAGAUAGAUACAUACAUACAUACAUACAUACAUACAUACAUACAUACAUACAUACAGAGUAGGGUGAAAGUAAUACAAUAUAUUAAGAUAUGUGAAGAUUUCUUAUUGCAAAAUUGUACAAAUAAAUACAAAUGAGAGCAAAGCAUACACACACAUAGAGACACACGAGGAAAAAGUAUCCACCUAGUUAGAAUUAGAUUGCAUGAGUCUAGACACUUUCUGAAAACUGGGUUCUCCAAAAUUAUCUCUGAGCAUUUUCGGUCUAAACCAAAACGUGAAGAGACCCACAGCUUUGCCUUUGGGAGCUGCGCUACCAGUCUUGUCAUCAGCAUUGUAGUUUACGGGAUUCAAUGUGACCGGCAUAUUUAUGAAGACCACACUGACCCACAUGCUAACUCGUGUUACUUUCGUGCUUGCCUUGUACUGUGCCGCAAAGAUGACAAAAAGCCAAAUGUCAACGUCUCUACAAAUGUAUUUGACUGUGACUCUUGUAUAACUUCUUCCCAUUUAUUACAGUGCCAUCUUUUGGAAUGUGUGAAGCGAGCUAUCUUUUGUUUUUGCCUUCAUUCUCAGUCUUAUGGAACUGGCAUAUACUUCCAUACGCUAUAGUCUGGCCGAUGGAGUACAUCUUGCUACACAUCAAUCCGGUUCUCUUUUCACUGUUUCUUUGAAGGUAUAUGGAAACCCAUCCAUUUUUCGAAACAUGGGAGUGCGCUACUUUCUUCUUCGGGCAAGGAAGCACUAGCAUUUGUAACAUACCUCGCCCAUAUUGGCAUUUUUCCGGAGCUGAUCUGUGACACACGUUUGCCAAACAAGCAAAACAUGUGAUGCUGUUGUUAUUGUCAUUGUAAAUGUUUAUGCUUCUGUCAUUUAUGUUUGUAAAUGUAUGAAUGUCUGUGUUUACAAACAUAGAUGCCUGAAUAAUUGUCAUAUUUUAAAAUCUGAUGUCUUCUUACAAAAUUGUCAAAAUAUUUUUCAAAAUUUCGCUGGGGUUUAUUUGCCACUAUAUCAAUCGUUGUUAGAGCAUCCUUCUCUUCCCCCAGGGCUGGGUACCUUGCACCAUAUUUUGUUCUCUCCAGGAUAAUGUACUUGAUGCUCAAACAUCUUAAAGCCUUUCUCCUGGUAAAAAAAAAAGAAGAAAA